GACUGUCAGGCUGGGGCUGUCAGUCUCAGACUGUCAUGACGGGCUUCUGCAGUUGGUCCUAUCUCAUCCGAUCAGGCAAACCGCUAUUCAUGUUGCAAACCCGAGCUUUAUGACAAUGGAUUAUUCGCUGUUACUAUACAGCCUUUGGGUUCCCGUUAUUCUGGCUGUUGAGGAGACUCUUAUGGACAGCAGGUGGGCUACUACAGAGCUGGCGUGGACCACCUAUCCGGAAACCGGGUGGGAGGAAGUACCUGGAUAUGAUGACCACAUGAGCCCCAUUAGGACAUACCAGGUCUGUAAUGUGAGGGAGCCCAAUCAAAACAACUGGCUGCGGACUGACUUCAUCCCCCGGCGAGGGGUCCUCCGCGUAUAUGUGGAGCUCAAGUUCACAGUGCGAGACUGUGACACUAUCCCAAAUAUUCUCGAGUCCUGUAAGGAGACCUUUAAUUUGUUCUACUAUGAAUCGGAUGGAGACACGGCCACAGCGAGCAGCCCGCCUUGGAGGGAGAACCCCUAUGUAAAGGUGGACACCAUAGCCCCCGAUGAGAGCUUUUCGAUGCUGGAAUCAGGUAUCGUCAACACCAAAGUACGGAGCUUCGGGCCUCUUUCCAAAGCUGGUUUCUACCUGGCCUUCCAGGACCUGGGUGCCUGCAUGGCUCUCAUCUCCGCUAGGGUCUUCUUCAAAAAGUGCUCGACUUCCAUCGCCAACUUCGCUGUCUUCCCUGAGACGGCCACUGGUGCUGAAGCCACUUCUCUAGUCGUCGCCGCGGGGGCCUGCUUGCCAAACGCCGUAGAGGAAUCGGUCCCUUUAAAGCUAUACUGUAAUGGAGAUGGAGAAUGGAUGCUUCCCAAGGGAGGGUGCACCUGCAUGCCGGGCUUUGAGCCGGCCAAGGAAGACACUCAAUGCCAGGAGAUACCCGAUAUUCACAAUUCUACAGAGAUACCUGAUAUUCACAAUCAUUGUCAUCGUUGGAAUUCUACAUUUGGAGUCUUGGAGUUCAUUGGAGUUUUUGGAGUGUGUCUUUAUGUUUGUGGCUUCUCUCUGGACUUCUCAAUAUUAUUCCUUCACCAUUGAAACUCCCCUGUGUGUUAAUAAACUGUGCAUUUAAGAGAAGUACGACCCCCGGUGUCUUCUGUCCGGCUUUUUGCCGUUUUAAAGGUGCAGUGUGUACAUUUUAGAAGGAUCUUUAGACAGCAAUGCAAUGUAAAAUAGAUAACUGUGUUUUCAGUGGUGUAUAAAGACCUUUCAAAAUGAACGGUAUUGUUUUUAUUACCUUAGAAUGAGCAGUUUUUAUCUACACACACAGCGGGUCCUCUUACAUGGAAGCCGCCAUUUUGUGCCUUCAUGUUUCUACAGUGGCCCUAAAUGGACAAACUUUUUUAUAGAGUGUUUGUCACUACGUUGUCUCAGACGAUUACAUGUUUGUCCUGCAUGGCUACCAUAGCUUCUCUAUGUGCUCCGAAAGGUAGGGGUGCAAUACAUAACCUCACCACUAGAUGCUGCUAAAAUCUACACACUGCACCUUUAAAAGAAUCUUGUGAGACAAUUUUAUCUCAUCUUCUGGUUUGGCUUCAUUAUAAUGUCUCCUAAAACCAACUGUUUUCCUAAAGCCCCAUGAGGUGUGAAAUAAAUUUAAUUCUGUCCGCUUUGACAAAAAUAAUUGCCAAUUCUCCCCACAAAGAUAGGAAUACCAGUAUUUUUGUGACUUUGUGGGGACAUUUUGAGGUCCCCAUGAGGAAACAAGAUUAUAAAUCAAACAGAAGGAUGUUUCUUGAAAAUCUGAAUUAGCAGAAAGUUUUCUGUAAUGGUUUGGGUUAGGGAUUGGGUAGAAUAUACAGUUUGUACAGUAUAAAAACCAUUAUGUCUAUGGGCUGUCCCCACAAAACAUGGAAACCAGAAUGUGUGCGCGCAUGUGUAUGUGUGUGCGCGUACCUGUGUGAGUAUUUUACAUCUUUGUUUUGCAUAUGUGGCUGUUUCUUUGCCAAAUUCUCUAAGAAAUGCUCUCUGUGGCAGUGUGAUUGAGCAUGUAUUUUCUAUGUAACAUUUGUGCUCUAGUACCAGGCCUACCUUUCUGUGUUAUAAUUUUCAGAUUUAUUCUGGAUGCAUUGACAAAUAAAAAUAAAUAAAAAUA